CGGCAGGAAACAGGGUUUCCUCUUGGAUUGUUGUAGUGAGAACAACAGCAUAUUUUUCAUUACUCAAUGCAACCCUCGGCACAUAUCACGGUGAAUCUAGCAAGAAGGAAAAAUGUAUCCUUCGGAAAAUAUAAUUUUGUUUCUUUGCGUCUUGUUUUUCGGCACCCGAUGGACUAUCCAUCAGCGCUUUGUUAGUGCGCUGCAAAUCCAACAGGCAUUUACAUCUCCAAACCUGACCAACAAUUUCGUUGUGGAUGAAGUUUCCAAAAAAGUAUAUCUGGCGGCAGUUAACACAAUUUACCAGCUGAACGCUACUUUACAUGUGGAGGUUGAGAAGAAUACCGGUCCGGUGGAAGACAACUUGCUUUGCCAUGCGCCACAGCUGCCGCAGGCGCCCUGCGAGCACCAGAAGACGCUUACCGAUAACUUCAACAAACUGCUGCAACUGGAUAGAGCGCAAGGCGUCCUCGUCGUGUGCGGCUCCGUAUACCAGGGUUUCUGUGAGCUUAGGAAGAUGCAGAACGUUUCUGAAAUCGCCGUUGAAUUUCCUCCCCAGGGUGCCAAAACUGUUUUUCCCAGCAUGUUGAACAUCGCUGCCAAUCACCCCAACGCUUCAACAGUUGGGCUCAUUUUUAGGAGUCACAGUGGGAAUACCAGACUUUUAGUAGGAGCAACUUAUACAGGUAUGGGGACACCUUUUUUCCCCAAAAACCACAGUAAAGAAGACUUAAGAUUUGAAAAUACACCAGAGAUUGCCAUUCGCUCCUUAAAUAUCAAGGAUCUGUCAAGGCUUUUUACUUAUGAUAUCAAUCCUUCAGAAGAUAACGUCUUUAAGAUAAAGCAAGAAGUGAAGCCAAAAAAUAAGCUUAAUUUCGUCCAUGCAUUUAUACAGAAGACAUAUUCUUACAUCGCCAUUAAUAAUGACGCCAAUAUGGGUCACAAGGAGAGUCAACCUAAUAGUAUACUUGCGCGGAUUUGCCUGGACACUGAAAACCCACGAAAAUCAACUACAGAGAGCAGGAAACUUACAGAAUCAUAUAUUCAAAUGGGUCUGCAGUGUGGUUCAAAUGGGAAUAUUUACAACAGAGUUGUUUCUGUUUACCCUGCGGAGAUACAUUUCGCGGAUGGGCAUGAACCAGAGCACUUUUUAUUCGGAGUCUUUUCCAAAUCGAACAAAAACUCUGCUUUAUGUGUGUAUAAGUUUUCCGAUAUUGAGGAAGUUAUCAGGCAAGGGAGAAAGAACUGCUCGAAUUCUCCUAGCUCCGGUGAUGUGCAGGUGUUGGACAGCGUUAUUCAAGGUUCGGGCGCCGUGUGCAUUCAAAAAGGAAAUUUAGUGCUGCAGCCGGAGCAGCUGGACUGUGGGGCCGCACACCUGCAGCACCCGCUCGAUCUGCGCAGACCACUGAAGGCCAUGCCUCUCCUGGAGACCGUGGGGCUCAGCUCUGUGGCUGUGGAGAAUGUACACAACCACACCGUGGUGUUCCUGGGCACCAGUAACGCUCGACUAUACAAGCUGAACCUCCUUAGGAACCUGACUCUGGCCAAUCAACCAUCUCUAAAGCUUCCUUCUGGCGAGUCUGUCCAUCACAUCAUGACAUUUGACCCCAAUGACCGAAACUACCUUUACCUAAUGACCUCAAAUCAUCUCCUGCGGGUUAAAGUAUCGAAGUGUGAUCAGUACACCAGCUGCAGCGAAUGCCUGGGUGCUAGUGAUGCCUACUGUGGGUGGUGUACCCUGGAGAGCAGGUGUUCCAUCAAGCAGGAGUGCGCCACCCAUCCUUUGCCCCGCUCCUGGAUUGGUCUGGGGGAAGGGGUUCAGCAGUGUCCUGCAAUGACCAUUACCCCACCUGAGAUCAGUGUCGCUUCCGACAUCACGAAUGUGGGUAUCCUGAUAAACGGCAGUGUUCCAGACCUGCAUGGCUCCAGUGUGCAGUGUGACUACGGUCUGGGGGUCUCCACUGCAGCCACUGUGCACUUUGAGUCUGGGCCAUCCCAAAUUCAGACCUGCCCCCUGCUCCCCCGUGAGAAAUACCCCAGGAUCCCUGACGACAGGGACCACAUCACUGUUCCCAUGGCCAUUAAGGUGAAUGGCAUGUCUGUGGUUUCUGGGAACUUCACCAUCUAUGACUGUGAGCAGACCGGAGUGAUACACCACAAGACAGCGUGCAGGAGCUGUUUGAGUGCCAGGUGGAGGUGUUACUGGAACCAGGAGAGGAAUAUCUGUGUCUCCAGUAAGGAUGACUCCAAGGACAACCUGCUGGAGAUUCCAGAAUCCUGUCCAAGCCUGGUGGCCUCGGAAGUUCCUCCAUCCCCCUCGGGAAUGUCCCAGGACAUCACUGUCUCAGUCAACAACACUGAGGAGGGGACUGCUCUGGAGUGCGAUUUUGGAAAUGAGCAGCUGUAUGAAGCACGGUGGCUUGGUCGCUCAGAGGUGCAGUGUAGCAGCGUGAUGCUGACCACCGCAGAGAAGAGCCAGGUGUUCCAUCUGAACCUACGACGAAAGGAUCAGCCUGACAAGUAUAUUGACAGCCCUGUGCCGAUGGCAGUGGAGGUGUAUAACUGUGGGAUGGGCAGCACGGACUGUUCACAGUGCUGGGGUCGGGAGGACCAGGGGCACCUCUGUGGCUGGUGUGAGAACUCCUGCAGGCCCAGGGAUGACUGCAGCCCCCUCAAAAGCCAGUGUCCCAACCCUGAGAUUCACAAGAUCUGGCCGCUGAGCGGGCCACUGGAAGGGGGGACGCCGCUCACAAUCCAUGGAAGGAACCUGGGGCGCAGGGCCUCGGACGUGGGCGUCACCAUCGGCGCGGUGUCCUGCACGCUGGUGAAGGAGCGAUACGAUGUCUCCGUGCUGCUGGUAUGUGUGACAGGGAAGUCCCCGGCCAAGAUGUCAGAAGUGGUGAGCGUCUCCGUGGCCGAUGCUGUGGGGAGGUCUCUGGAGGUCUACUCGUACUUGGUCCCGAGGGUUAUUUCCAUGGAACCCAAGAAUGGGUCCCGUGCAGGGGGGACCAGAGUUACCAUCAGAGGUGAACAUCUAAACGUGGGGUCCCAGCUGCGAGUGAGGGUCAAUGGCACAGACGACUGUGCAAUCCUCACGCGACACUCGGACCUCAUUGAGUGCAGAAUGCCAGCAGCAGCGCAGCCCCGUGCCGAUCCCGUCCCUGUGUGUGUGGAGUUCGAGAACCUGCCAUGCCAAAGCCAUCUCCUCAGCGUACUCUACACCUACGAGAAAGACCCAAGCAUCAGUGCCAUCCACCCCACCAAGAGCUACCUCAGUGGGGGCCGAACAAUUACAGUGACAGGCCAGGGUUUCGACCUGGUGCAGACUGUCACCAUGGAGGUCACUGGGAUGGACAGCGAACCUGCUAUGACUGUCUGCACAGUCAGAGACGCCACUGUUAUCACCUGCCCCUCCCCAGCUGCCCCUCAGUCCACCCAGGCCACGGUGAGGUUCUUCUUGAAUGAGGUCCUGUACAGGGGGGCCAGUCCCGCUCCCCACGGGGGCCUGGAGGAGGACAAUGAGCUCCAGGGGGGCCACUUCUUCCACAUGGACUACCUGGAGGACCCCCAGUUCUUCACUGCCAACAAGGAGAAACUCAUCAAGCACCACCCAGGAUCACCGCUCAACCUCAUCAUCAACAAAGGGCCCAGUGAACUGGACCUGGCACCAGAAGAAUACACCGUGAUGAUUGGCUCCAUCCCUUGUGAUAUCAAGUUCAAUUCUGAACAGCUUUUUCACUGUACCAUCAAUGGCACCCUCAGCUCCAACGAGAGAGAGCUCCCUGUCACUGUGCAGGUUGGGAAAUUUCAGAAGACCAUUGCCAUGGUGCAGCUGGGGGGUAGUGAGCCGGCCAUCGUGGUGUCCAUCGUGGUGUGUGGAAUACUGCUGCUACUGUGCACUGUGGCUCUGGUUGUGUACUGCACAAAGAGCCGUAGAGCUGAGCGCUACUGGCAGAAGACCUUGAUGCAGAUGGAGGAGAUGGAGUCACAGAUCCGAGAAGAGAUACGCAAAGGUUUUGCUGAGCUGCAGACUGACAUGACGGAUCUCACCAAGGAGUUAAACCGCAGCCAGGGCAUCCCCUUUCUAGAAUAUAAACAGUUUGUCACACGGACCUUCUUCCCAAAGAUGUGCUCAGACUAUGAGAGGAGUCUGGUCCAGCCCGUCUAUGAGAACGAUGCCCUCGGCCCACGGGCCCUGCCUGAGACACACCCCCUGCUGCAGGACUGGCAGCCCUCCAGCACUGCCAAGCCCAACAUGGAGGAAGGGAUUGCCCUGUUUUCAACGCUGCUCAACAACAAGCAUUUCCUUGUCACCUUUGUCCACGCUCUGGAGCAGCAGAAGGAUUUUGCUGUUCGGGACAGGUGUAGUCUGGCUUCUUUGCUCACCAUUGCACUGCAUGGAAAGCUGGAAUACUACACCAGCAUUAUGAAGGACCUGCUAGUGGACCUCAUUGAUGCCUCCGCCUCUAAGAACCCCAAACUGAUGCUUCGACGCACUGAGUCUGUGGUGGAGAAAAUGCUGACCAACUGGAUGUCCAUCUGCAUGUACAGCUACCUCAAGGAGACAGUGGGCGAACCAUUCUUCCUGCUGCUCUGUGCCAUCAAACAGCAGAUCAACAAGGGCUCCAUUGAUGCCAUCACAGGCAAGGCCCGCUACACUCUGAAUGAGGAGUGGCUGCUGAGGGAAAAUAUCGAGGCCAAGCCCCAGAACAUCAAUGUGUCAUUCCAAGGCUGUGGGAUGGACUCCCUGAUGGUGCGCGUGAUGAACACAGACACCAUCUGCCAGGUCAAGGAGAAGAUCCUGGAGGCCUUCUAUAAGAAUCUGCCUUUCUCUCAGUGGCCCCGGGCUGAGGAUGUGGACCUGGAGUGGUUUGCCUCUGGUGGCAACAGCCGAAUUCUUCUGGACCUGGACAACUCCUCGAUCAUGGAGGACGGCAGGAAGAAGCUCAAUACGGUCUUCCACUACAAGAUUCCUGAGGGUGCCUCCUUUGCCAUGAGCCUAAAGGACAAGCGUGACAACACUUUGGGAAGAGUUAAGGAUUUGGACACAGAAAAGUAUGUUCACUUGGUCCCUCCUCAUGAUGAGAUGCACGAGACUAAGAAGUCCCACAGGCAGAGCCACCGGAAGAAAGUCCUACCUGAGAUCUACCUGACCCGACUCCUUUCCACAAAGGGUACACUGCAGAAGUUCCUGGAUGAUCUAUUCCAGGCCAUUCUCAGCAUCCCGCCAGAAAGACCACCAUUGGCUAUCAAAUAUUUUUUUGACUUUCUGGAGGAGCAGGCCGACAAGAGGGGCAUUACAGACCCUGACACCCUGCACAUUUGGAAGACUAACAGCUUGCCUCUGCGUUUCUGGGUGAACAUUCUGAAGAAUCCUCAGUUCGUGUUCGACAUCGAUAAGACGGACCACAUGGACGCGUGCCUGUCUGUCAUUGCUCAGGCCUUCAUUGAUGCCUGCUCCAUCUCUGACCUCCAGCUUGGCAAGGAUUCUCCCACCAACAAGUUGCUUUAUGCCAAGGAAAUCCCAGAAUACAAAAAGAGGGUGCAGUGCUAUUACCACCAGAUCCAGGAGAUGGCACCACUGAGCGAGCAGGAAAUGAACGCACACCUGGCGGAGGAGUCCAGGAAAUACAGGAACGAAUUCAACACAAAUUUGGCCCUGACUGAAAUCUACCAGUAUGCCAAGAGAUAUCGCAAUCAAGUGGUGAACGCGCUGGACGCCAACCCCACAGCCCGUCGCACACAGCUGCAUCACAAGUUUGAGCAGGUCAUCGCCCUGGUGGAGGACAACAUUUACGAGUGUAGUAGCGAGGCCUGAGGGAAGCCCCUUCCCUGCGUCCUCUGAGCCACCGCACCCAGCCCCACCCCAUAUUCCCACAAUCCCCUCUGUUCUUUGUACAUACGGUGGGGCGAUAUACAAAGACAUUACUCCCAUCCAGUAUCAGACUGCUUGGACGCACUAGGCGUAUGGGGCCUGGAACAUCAGGAGAGACUAAACCAAAAAGAAAAACAAGACAAGCGAAAGCUUGUCAGCUCACUGACUCAAGGGAAGACUCAUCCCCCUUUGCCAAGUACUUCCUGUUGCUGAGUGUCAUUGUGAAUCAAUUGCCCUUAGCUUUGCUUCCACGUAAACGUGACUGGAGACAUGAGCAAGAUUGUGUUUCUUUCUAGGCUAUGAAUACGACAUGAAAAUGGGUGCUUUUCAGAUGUUUGUUCUUGCUUUUGUUUCUUGUUUUCUGCUCUAGAUAGGAUCUGAUAAUCGAGGUCCUCUUCACAUCCUGUUGUUAUCAGGCCAGAAAAACUGCCCAGGUUUCACAUUGCUGAAAGGGACCAGGAAGCAAUGGAUGCAAUCACAUACACUGGCCCCUUCAGCGUGAACAUAAGCCGACAAUGCACUGUACUGUAAAAUAUGUGUUCAUAGCAAUAUUUAUAGAUUGGUUCUAUGUUUUCUAUGUUUGUAUUGUAUGUAUUGUAAUAUGACUAUGAAGGUGAGAGAACCUGAAUGAGACGCCCUGCCCUUCUGCUGUCCAGGCCCGAUGCUGCCGGUCUGAGCUGCGGAGGACCAAAAUCUCAACUAUUAUUGAUACGAGUAAACUGCAGAUAGAAAUGAGGGCCUGUUGGUUUACUGAAAACCUAAACGUAUUUACCGCUGGACCGGACAGGCCAGGACACUGAACUACUGAGAGUGUGGACUUUAGACAAUGUGCCAGGUUUUGAAUGCCGUGGUGUUUCACCAGAGGUUUUGUGCUUUCUGUUUUCUUCUCUUGCCUGGAAAGUGAGUUAAAAAGAGAGGAACAUGAUUAAAUGAAUGAGCUUUGUUUAAA